AUGUUCUUCCUCUCAUCACCGAUACCAGCGCCAGCGCCCUUGCCUCAGCCCCAAGCACUACCAAGCUGGAACUCAAACCCGUUCACAUCGCCGGUCACGAAACAAUACGGCUCUCGUGUAGCCCUGACGGCUUCGCACCCACAGACGAAACAACACGUCUUCACAGACCCUUACGCGGGUGGAAAGAACCACAAAGGAUAUUACACCGCUCACGCCCCGUCGCCCCUACGGACCGCCCGGAAUGCGAAUCUGAACCUGAUGUCGAGUCCUACGCGGGAUGGCCUCUCGAAGAGCGCAGGGACCCUGUUGGGUUCGAGCCCGCCCCGGUGUGCAGACGCAGCAGACGGGGAUGGGGUUGAUGAGAAUUGGAUUACCGACGAGAUCGAUGGGGAUCGACCUGGAUGCGAUGCCCGCGCGGACUCAACGCCAGCGGGGAACUUGAAUGCUUCAGUGGCAGGAGGAUCGUCCACGUUCGUCACAGCGCCUUUCGAUUCGACUCCUCGGCCGCAGACAACCACCCGCGUCGCUGCAUUUUCGUCGCCUCUUGACGAUUCAUCGUUCACCUUCCGGGCCGCGGCCCCUCAGCCAUCGCGCGUCUCACAGUGGGAACUGCGUUCGCGGGAGUCCUCGCCCUCGACCCUCCUCGCGACCCACACGACGAGGAAUCGAGAGGAACGCAAGUCAAAAUUCCUGGAUCGCAUACGCCGGAGGAGGGACAACGAGCGAAGUGAACUGGUUGGAGACCAACUUCUUCGUAUGGACUUUGUGAAGGAAAGGAGAGGCUGGCAAGAGCAGAUGGCUCGACGCGCCGCCGUGGAGGCCGGCGUGGAGAUUGAGGAGGAGGAGGAGGAGGAGCAAGAAGAGGAUGAGGAGAUCUUGCCGGAAGAGAUGAGUCCGACGGAGGAAUAUGACGACCUCGUGAGGCAGUACGAAUUCGAGCAUGAAUUUGACCGACAAGGCGGAAUGAUGCCACAGGACGAGUUUCCGGUUGAUGAUGCCGACGACGACGCAGAGUACGAGCGCUUGUUCCGAGAAAUGGAGAUUCUGAGCCAGCAGAGCGGGAGCGCGUCUCAGAGCGCGUCUCAGUCUCACUCGGGCGACCAGUCCUCCGGCGGUCAACGGCGGGAUAUCACUCUUCCGACUCGGGAACAGCAGCCGUCCCAGCAUGAGGUGGAGCACCGCAGUGGUGGUGGUGGCGGUGGCGGCGGCGGUGAUGCCAUGGACAUUUCUUGA